AUGAUCUCCGAUAAUGAUCUGUACCGUCUCGCCAUCUUCCUUGGCUCAUGCGCCAUGAUGAUGAUCGUCCUAUACCACUUCCUCGAUGUCAAUUCCAGCGAGGAGGAGCCAGAGUCUGCGAAAUCGGCCGGUCAGGCAAGCCAAACCAAGGCCGAGGGUCCUCCAUCGCUGGCUUCCACAGAGACCACCGAUGUGUCAGCUUCUGGGAAAGGGAAAUAA